AUGGCCCAAUCAUUCGAAUUAGAAAAAUGGAUAGAUAAUAAUUUUUUUGAAAGAAAUUAUAUUAGAUUUCCUCUAAAUGAUUUUUUAAAAAAUUGUAAAUUUGGUAGCACAACGCUAUCCACCAAUAGUUGUAAACUUUUUUUAGUAAGAUGUAAUAAAUUUGUAGUUUUAAAUAACUUUACCUUUUCUCAGCAAUAUAAACUUGAAGAUUUUAUCAAUGAA